GGGAUCCUUUAAGAGGCGGGGCUUGCCCGCCAGCCCCGCGGCCCGGGCAAAAGGCCGGGACUUUACUCCGGCGGCAGAGAACGAGUCCGUGCUCCAUCAGCUGCCGCAACCGCCGCGCCCCGAGCCGGAACCACGAUGAGCGGCAGAGUCGGCGAUCUGAGCCCCAAGCAGAAGGAGGCACUGGCCAAGUUUCGGGAGAAUGUCCAGGAUGUGCUGCCCACCCUGCCGAAUCCAGAUGACUAUUUUCUCCUGCGCUGGCUCCGAGCAAGAAACUUCGACCUGCAGAAGUCUGAGGCCAUGCUCCGGAAGCAUGUGGAGUUCCGAAAGCAAAAGGACAUCGACAACAUCACGAGCUGGCAGCCUCCAGAGGUGGUCCAGCAGUAUCUGUCAGGGGGCAUGUGUGGCUAUGACCUGGACGGCUGCCCCAUCUGGUACGAUGUCAUUGGACCUCUGGAUGCCAAGGGGCUGCUCCUCUCAGCCACCAAACAGGACUUGCUCAAGACCAAGAUGCGGGACUGUGAGCGGCUCCUGCAGGAGUGUGCCCGCCAGACCGAAAAGGUGGGGAAGAAGGUGGAGACCGUCACCCUGAUUUAUGACUGCGAGGGGCUUGGCCUCAAGCAUCUCUGGAAGCCUGCAGUGGAGGCCUAUGGGGAGUUUCUCUGCAUGUUUGAGGAAAACUACCCUGAAACGCUGAAGCGUCUUUUCAUUGUUAAAGCCCCCAAGCUGUUUCCUGUGGCCUAUAACCUCAUCAAACCCUUCCUGAGUGAGGACACGCGCAAGAAGAUCAUGGUCCUGGGGGCAAACUGGAAGGAGGUUUUACUGAAAUAUAUCAGCCCUGACCAGCUGCCUGUGGAGUAUGGGGGCACCAUGACUGAUCCUGAUGGAAACCCCAAGUGCAAAUCCAAGAUCAACUAUGGGGGUGACAUUCCCAGGAAGUAUUAUGUGCGAGAUCAGGUGAAACAGCAGUAUGAGCACAGUGUGCAGAUUUCUCGAGGCUCCUCCCACCAAGUGGAGUAUGAGAUCCUCUUCCCUGGCUGUGUCCUCAGGUGGCAGUUCAUGUCAGAUGGUUCCGACAUCGGUUUUGGGAUUUUCCUGAAGACCAAGAUGGGGGAGCGGCAGCGGGCAGGGGAGAUGACAGAGGUGCUUUCCAACCAGAGGUACAAUGCCCACCUGGUUCCUGAGGAUGGGACCCUCACCUGCACUGAUCCUGGCAUCUAUGUCCUGCGGUUUGACAACACCUACAGCUUCAUUCAUGCCAAGAAGGUCAGUUUCACCGUGGAGGUCCUGCUUCCAGACAAAGCCUCAGAAGAGAAGAUGAAACAGCUGGGGGCAGUCACCCCAAAGUAAUGCCUCUUCCCACAGCAGGCGUGGCUCCCUCAGUGUCUCCCUGUCGGUUUCUGUCCCUUGUAACAGUCGUUUUCCCAGUACCCAGAUGCCCAAAAAAGCUGGGCUACAAGAAAGAACUUGGGCUGGAUUUGGGGAACUUUCAUUUCAGAAUUAGGAAGAGGGGGAGCAGCAGGAGAGGGUCUCCUUGCCUCUCAAAUUACUCAGGAGUCCCCAGGGGCUGGGCACCAUGAUAGGAUCUACCAUCCUAUAAGCUGUGCCAACUUCACCUGUCCAGUGAGAGCUGAGAUAGGAAGGGAUGGGGGCGGGGAGGGAAGAUGCAGGUGGCAGCAGGGCAGAAAUUAGAAAAGCGGGGAGAGAUUGAGACCUAACACUUCAGGGAAGCCAGCUGUAGGGAACUUGCUCCCAAAUGAAAAUGUUAAGUCUAGAUCAUUAUGAGGAGUAGCAAGGUAGCAGGUUGCUAGAGUUAUGGUGGGGGUCAGGGUCUCUUCUAAACUUUCUAUCUCCAAGGCUGGGACCUUUUGGCUUUUCCCACCAGGUUUCAGGGAUGGCCUGAGUCAGUAUAGCUCUUCCCACUCAGGGGUAGACAGGGAGGCCACCUCAAGACUUCCGCAACUCUUGGGACCCACUGGCUGUCUCUUUAAUUACUGAUUGUCAGUGACUCAGAGCUUCUUAGGACAGAGAUUUGGUACCCAGCCACUGUCCUCCAACGCAAAGCACAGAGAAAUUACCUCCAGGGAUCCCAGCUCCAGGAUGGGCCCGGGACGCUAAGGGUGGGAGUGAAUCCUGAGGCUUCCAACCCCCCCUCCCCCUUUUCAGUGCUGUCAGCCUCUCAUCAAGUAACUCUCCAUUUGAGAACCCCACACAAAAAUGACAAGUGGGGGAUCAAGACAGUAGAUCUCAGUGAAGGCCUUCCCAGUCUGAGUCUCCCACGGUGCCGGCCAGCCCGCUUCCUGACUGACCUCAGCAAGGCUUUGGCAGUCCCAUCUCUGUGGGAGGCGUAUGGCUGGUGCAUUGGGUUCCUGGUGUCUGGCGGGGAGGCUGCCCGGGCAGGAGGCCAAAGGCCGGGCCUGCAUCUGGGGGCAGCCACGAAUAGCCUCGCAGGCCCCCAGCCUCGCCGUCCACAGAGACAAGCAGGGAUGGCCAAGGGGGCGCUCAGCGACCACGGACUGCAGGGCACGGACCCUGCGGGCAACCACGGCCCGUAACCCAACGCCACGCCCCGCAAACGAACACUGGAAAGCGCCCCCCGCCCCUCCCCCGGGCCCUCGCAGGAACUCAUUUCCCUCCGAGAGCCAGGCCCCCUGGCCCAGCGUGGGGAGAGGGUCUGGGGAGUCUGAGGAAGGAGAAGGGGCAAGGCUGGCGCUGACGAGAGCAGCCUGAGGCUGCGCCGGCACCAGCCACACCGCUUAGGAGGGAUCAUCCCAACCUUGGUUUACAGCGCUCUGUUAGGAAAAUUAACCAAUGAAUAAAGCAACGUUCAGUGCACAGGGAGUGGAAGUCAAUGCCCACCGCCUCGCUCCUCGCUGCCCCUCACUCAGAAUGACAAAAUUUACGUCUCAGGAACACCACCUAGUCGCCAAUAGGUGGGGCGCGUGCGCAGAAGCCACCCGCUGCUCCCCUCUAGCGCGCUUUCCCGUGGGGCCCAACGGCCAGCUUGCU